AUGCCCCAAUUCUACUCCGAAAUCCCACCACAUCUCCAGACCUUCGCCCUCUCCCAACCCCUCUUCUUCAUCUCCUCCGCCCCAACCCAUGGAUCCCACAUAAACCUCUCUCCAAAGGGUCUCCCCUCCACAACAUUCACGAUCUUUUCGCCCACAGAAUGCGCAUACAUAGACGCCACCGGUUCAGGCGCAGAAACCAUCUCACAUCUCUACGAGAACGGCCGUGCAACCAUAAUGUUCUGUUCCUUCUCUGCUUCUCCACGAAUCGUGCGCUUCUUCUGUACAGGCAGAGUCGUGGAAUGGGAUACACCGGAGUUUCAAGUGUUAGUUGGCAAGAUGGGCAAGAAAAAGGUCGAGGGUGCGCGGGCGGUCUUGCUUUUCAAGGUUUGGAAGGCGCAGAGUAGUUGUGGAUAUGGAGUUCCUCGGAUCAACCCCCCCCAACUUACAACUUCUUCUUCCACGUCACCUAACCCGUCUUCUCCCUCCACCGACUCUCCUACUUCUCCAUCUAUCGAACAUCACGAUGAAGAUAAGGCAGCUUUCCUCGACCGCGAAAUCCUCGGUCAUUGGGCAAGCAAACAAAUUGAGAAAAACGAACUAGGUGCUUACCAAAUUAAAAAUAAUCUGUCUUCUCUCGAUGGAUUACCUGGGUUGAAGACAGCGAGGAGGGAGGCGGGUCAGAAUCUUCUUUUCGUUGAUUUCGUUGCUUUUUGUAAAAGGGUUCUGGCGCAGAGGGAGGGGUUAAUGGUGGGACUUUUGAUGGGACUUUUGGUUUAUGUUUUUGGUGUAUUUUUAUUUUAG